AUGCUGGCCUGGCUCACAACUUUCGUGUACGCUACUCCAGGCCUGAUUGAGAGGAUCCGGGAGGAGACGGCUUCCUACAUCAACCUCUCAACCACAAGCCCUCUCGAGAUCAUCUCGAUAGACGUCCCUGGCUUGUGCCGCAGUUGUCAACUCCUCAAGGCCUGCAUCUUUGAAACCUACCGUAUAGGAAAUGAUCCAGCCAUCAUCAGACGUGUCGAGCGCCCAACCACCAUCCAAGACGGUGAACUCGAGCAUCAGCUCCAGGCAGGCUCCUUCAUCUCUAUGCCUACCUCGCUCACCAACAGCGAUCCAGCCAUAUUCGUGGAUCCAGACAAGUUUAUCCCAGAGGGUUUUCUCGAGAGAAAUCUAACGACUGGGAGCACGACUGCUCGAUACGGAACGCUGAGGCCGUGGGGCAUGGGGCCGUCAAUGUGCAAAGGGAGGGCCUUUGCUCAAAAACACAUGACGGUUGUGGGGGCUGCCAUCAUCAGUGUCUGGGAUGUCGAGCUGGUGAGUGGGACUUGGGAAAUUCCUGAUAUGAUUCCGGGGUCGAUUGCCAAGAGGCCGGCCAGGGACAUACGUGUAGUCAUCAAACGAAGGGUUCUGUGA